AUGGUCGUUGCUAUGCUCGUCGGCAUCAAUAAAUGCAAACAAUGGGAGCUUGACAAAAUCGUGGAAAUGCGACGAACGAGACGAGUUGUACAAAGGAUAACGGCUAGAUUGAGGGAGAAGAACUUCAAAACUAUACAAAAUGCGCGUAACAUACGGAAACGUGCGGCGGCUGCGAAAGCGGCAGCGGAGAAGAAACUGAAGACUGAGGUAGCACCACCAGUGUAUUCAUCGCAACAGCAGGCUGUAUGUGGAACAUCACCACCGCCAUCUUACGAGGACGCUCUACUAGACGAAUAUUACUACGAGUGCCUACCAUCUUCUAGCAGGACCGUACAUCCACCUACGACUAGCAGAAGAAGAUCUUCAACACAGUCUCACACUUCCCGUCGAACGGUCCGUUCUACGCGAAGGACGUCAAGGACCAACCGAAUUUUGGAUGUUUGA